AUGUCUCAGCUUGUCUUGGAUAUGACAAAACUGGUUUGGUUGCAAGUUUCCACUCAAGAUGAUAUAAAGCAGUACCACAGAAGAUACACCCUUAAGUUAGAAAGAAAAAGAAGUCAUCAUUCUUUAAGUAAUCCUGGUUCAGAUACUGGAAGACGAUACGUCAACCUGUUUGAAAGAAAUAAAACCAGUAUUCUUAAUUCACACAGAAAGUUGAUGGCAAAGGCGCAAACCUCAACAGAAUCCUGCCAGUUACUAGGAACAGUGGUAAAUGUUAUCAAACAUAACUCGCACAAAGAAAACAAUACUCAAAAAGCCAGAUUUCUCGAAGCCUCAGGAGUCUUUCAUCCUAUUCUCCAUAUAUGGGAAAAUACCAUACAUAACUACCGUUCUAAAGGAGUCCCUGUUGAGAAUCCAGAAUUUAAAUUUAUUUUUGAUCCACCAUCCAGCUCAAAAUACACAUUAUAUGACCAGUGCAAAAUUAUUUCCGGCCUACCAAAUGGCCGCUAUUGGAAUGAGGGAACCCAUGCUCAUGUUGGCUAUGGGAGAAUGUUAUCUAUCCGCGAUUCCACUGAGAAAUAUAAGCCUGCUUCUCUUCGUAAUCUGAUACUUUACCAUCACAGAGAAUCCAACUACUCUGCUAUUUUUAGAUUAGUUGACAAAUUUCGUAACCCAGAGUUCCCCAGCAAAUUCGCGCCAGAACAUCAAUGACGACAACAUCAACAUUGGGGAAAAUAUGCAAAAUUCUACUCCGAGACAAGUAAGACCUAAACGCAAAGCUUUAAAUGAAGAGGAUAUUUUAAGAAACCUUCGAACUGUUAAUCCUCUCUUUUCAACACACAACAGGGCUUCAGACAAUUCCUUGUAUGAAAAGUAUAAAACAGCACAAACUGAAACUGGAGGUUUAUUUUGGCGUGUUCACGAAUCAGAUAUCGAUGUCCUCUGUUUGAAUGACGUCAACAUGACCACUGGAUGUUUAAUGGAGUCAUCUUUUGUUCACAUGACAAGGAGAAAUGUUGGGAAUGUCAACGUAUACCAUUGCACAUGUACACUCUUUGCAACUUUAUUACAGCUCACAACAUUAGAUGAACAGCCUGACACAGAAAUAGAUUCUAUUAACAUCAAAUGCAUGCCAUAUAAGGUAUUUCAAAGAAAUUAUUGAACCUGAUUAUCCCAUCUACUUCAGCACAGAAGUUUAUACAUCACCAACAAAAUCUCAGAAAAGUAUAAUGUUAUCUUUGGCUGCUUAUCACAGGAGUGUAAGGACACAAACAAGAAAAGUGGUAAACGCAAACGUUCCUG